UUCCUGGUUGGGAAGGUGAUCCAGAAAUGAUCUCUCCGGGGUACAAAACCGUCAUCCAGGGUGAAGCCUCAGAAACCGACUCGGAGGAAGAAAUCAAUUGUUCUGCCUCCUAUCAAGCGGCUUUCGGCAGCCCUUCGGGAGUGCAAGUCGCUGGGGAAGCCUCUGAAACAGACGAGGAAGACGAAGCCCAAAGUCCUGCUGGAUCGAAAACUGAGGCUAAAUUGAUCGCGACAGAUUUACCUCCCCUGAUCGUUUACAAGAACGAAGAUUCGGAGUCUCCCACGGCCGUGGAGGAGAAGCCCGCCCUCCACAUCAAACACCGGGGCCGAUACAGCACCCUGUUGCAACAGAAGCUGGUGGAGAGCAACGCCCGCUUAUACUACGACAUCAACGCCACCAUCAAGCAGGUCUACCAAACCGCCAUCAAGGAGAUUGGAGCCAUUACUGGACAGCUGAGCAAUUCCCAAAAUGGCAUCAUCAACGCUUCACACAACAUCCGGCUGGUUCUGGAGGACCUGCGGGCCGUGGCGGACAAGAUAGACAUUAUUAACAGCUGCAAUUUGUUACCGGAUAUCCAGAUAGAGGUGCCUUCAGCGCACACUUGAUGCACAGAUAUGCUUCCUGAACACGGCUGUUGAAGGGGAUGAGGUUAGAGGGGAGGCUGGUUAUAAGAGCUCAGCAGAAAACUGAAAUACGCUGAACUAUUUGUCCAGGGAAAAGAAUUUUUUGCUGCCUCUUUGCUACUUAAAUCGCAGUAGGUCCUCUAUCAUCUAAUAAUUAAGGCUGGACCGAACACACUAAAACUGCUUUCGCUGUUUUGGGGGAAAGAGGGAUGAUCCCAUUUCAAGAGAGUCGUCUUCUCCUGGCUAAUGUUUCCCAUAAUAUCUUUAAAAAAUGUAGACUUGGUUGCACAAGGUUGGAGGCACUUCAUGAGCGUGUAAAUGUAGAAUCGUAUCAGAUUCGUGAGAGUUUGUCCGAAGAUGCUCAACUGCCUUCAUCUAUACACUUAGCUUAUUCAUUUCGGAGGGAAGGUAUGAUUUGAGCAGGACUAAGGAAAAUGAAAUAAUAACUGAUUUAAUUUCACGGGAGGGGUGUAAAUCAAGGGAGUGGUGAUCUACUAUAAAUCGAUUCUAGCUGAUGGUGAUUAAAACACAGCAAGGUCAGUCUUUGUGGAGGUGGUGUCCUGUUUCUGAGCCAUCAAGUUGGUAUCAACUCUUGGUGACCUCGUAGCUAGACCUUCUCCCAUUCUCCAUAGGUGAUCUUUCCGUUCAGAUCUUCACACGGUGCCCCUAUUUCUGCUGUCACUCUUUAAAUUUGGGGACCCAGAUGCUCUUCUGUAGGAUUGUUAUUGCCAAGAGUGAAGUAGAAUAAAAUUUGAAAAUCUGCACUGCUGGUUCAUAAAAACCGAAUCCACAGGCCCUGUUUGAAGGAUCUACAAGCAUUGAUUGAUUGAUUGAUUUUUAAUAAAUUGAUUCUUUUCAAGGUAUAAAAUACAAAAGAAAAUGAAAAUAGUGUGAAGGGGGAAAGAAAAAAGGAAGAGAAAGAAACAAAGGGGAAAAGGAGGGGGAGGAAAAACAUCGACUUGCAACUCUUUUUAGUGCAAUAAAAUAAGACAAUAACA